GCUCCCCCCAUCUUUGUCAACCUCAGCAAGUGACUUCUCUUACGGCUAAAAAGCUCAAGAAUCAGCAAUUUGUGGGCCCCAAUUGUGUGUAUCUUGCUGCUUGCUCUUUAAACCCUUUUGAAUUAAUUCUUCAUUAAUCAUACUUUCAUUUCUUCAAAAAUCAAAGACUCUUGUAUUGUUACCUUAUCUACCCAGAAAAAUCCCCAGAUUAUUCCUUUCCUUCCGCAAAUUUCUGGGUAAAAAGGGGGACUUAUCAAGCCUAAAGAUAACCUCUUUGUGGUAAUGGCUGUCCAUGAUGGUAAUGAUGAACCUGAAUGGAUGAGAAGAAUAAAAUCAGAAGGUGCUGUUCCAUUGCUCGAACCUGAGAACUGUCCAAAUGGUUGGGCUUCACCCCCUGGGGACAUCUAUAAGGUUAGGGGUCCUGAAUACUUUACAACUAAGGUGAAAAUUCCUGCUGGUGAAUAUCUCUUGAAGCCUUUGGGCUUUGACUGGAUUAAAAGCUCAUCGAAGAUUUCGGAAAUCUUAAAAAAUCCAAAUAACCGCAUCAGGAAAGUACUUGAUGAUGAAUUUCCAGAGGGGAACCGACCUUUUGUUUGGGCUUUCAAUCUUCAACUUCCAAGCAAAGAGAAUUACAGCGCUAUUGCAUAUUUUGUGGCUACUGAACCCUGUUCAGAAGGUUCUCUAAUUGACCAAUUCAUUAAGGGGGAUGAUGGGCAUCGGAAUUCAAGACUCAAAUUGAUUGCAAAUAUUGUGAAAGGACCUUGGCUUGUUAGAACAGCAGUUGGAGAACAGGCUAUUUGUGUAAUUGGUCGAGCCCUUUCCUGUAAGUAUUGUGUAGGAGAGAACUUUCUAGAAGUUGACAUCGAUAUUGGAUCUUCAGUGGUUGCAAAUGCUAUCGUUCAUCUGGCCUUUGGUUAUAUAACAUCACUAACAGUUGAUUUAGCAUUUCUUAUUGAGAGCCAAAAUGAAUCAGAGCUUCCUGAAAGAAUCUUAGGGGCUUUUAGAUUUUCUGAACUUAACCCUGAUACAGCUCAGUCAUUUGAAGCAUCAUCUGCUGCAAGUGUCAUCACAUCAUCCCCAGCCCUUGGUAUGCGUCUUUGGAUGUCACUUGGACAAGGAUUUUCCAAUCUUCUUCAUCCAGGCACCCAAGAAACUGGUGCAGUUCCUGACACACCACAAGUAAAUAGAACUUCAGAUCAUGAUACCAACGGUGAAUCAACAAAAAAUUGCUGAAACAUAGGGGUGGCACAAGUAUUUUGAGAAGUGCAUGUGAAGAGGAGGAAGAUAAAAAUAGAGAGACCUUGAUGAUGAGAGAGAAACCUAUACCAAAUAAAAUGAAUCAGGUAGCUUUGGUGACUGCAAGCAAGUACAGUAUAAUCCUCCAAACAGUAAAAACAAGUUAUUUGCAUCACUGCAAGGGAACUACAAAUUACAAUCUCAUUUUUUAUUAUGGAACAUAUUAAAGCAGGCUAUUUGUGUCAUUCUUCUUUAUGUUUAUAAAGUAGUAUUGAUUCUUUUUCAUGCUUUUGUCAUGGCUUUCAUGUCAGAAAUCAGGGAUCUUCCAUUUGUUUAGCCAGUGUAGGAUGUGUUAAUGUGUACAGUCUUAGAACUUUUAACAUGUAUCUCAGUCCAUAUUUACAUAUUAUACUGCUAUCACUUGUUUUUUAUGUGGUGUAAGAUUGUCAUCCCAUUUGUUCUACA